CGGCGGCGUUGGAGGCUCCUCCGCCUUCUUCUCGAGCUGAAAAUCAGUAAUAAAAAUCUCACCUUUCACUCUUCUAACAGCUGCUUCCACCUGUCUACUCUCCUCCAUUGUUGGCUCAGACGGUCCAAAUAUCCGUUGAAGAUCUCAUCAUUCGGUCCGAGGAUGUCGGGCGAUGCUGCCUUCUUCCAGUUGAACACCGGAGCUAAGAUCCCCUCCGUCGGACUCGGCACGUCAAAGGCCGAUCUCGCCAUAGUUGGGGAUGCCCUCCCCAAAGCCAUAGCGGCCGGCUACCGACAUAUUGAUUGUGCCCGACUCUACGGUAACGAGAAGGAGAUUGGAUCUGCCCUAAAGAAAUUGUUUGAUGAUGGCGUAGUGAAUCGCAGAGAUCUAUGGAUCACCUCCAAACUUUGGAGUACCGACCAUGCACCAGAAGAUGUGCCCAAGGCAUUAGAUCAGACAUUGAGAGACUUGCAGCUCGACUGCGUGGAUCUUUAUCUUAUCCAUUGGCCAGCGAGCAUGAAGCAGGGCUCAGUCGGGAUCAGCCCCGAAAACCUUACCAAGCCUGACAUAACAAGCACAUGGAAGGCUAUGGAGGCUCUCUAUGAUUCAGGAAAGGCUCGGGCUAUUGGAGUUAGCAACUUCUCCAUAAAGAAGCUUGGGGAACUGUUAAAGAUCGCCAGGGUCCCGCCUGCUGUGAACCAAGUGGAGUGCCACCCAGUGUGGCAACAACCGAAGCUCCAUGAGUUCUGCAAGUCUAAUGGAGUCCAUUUAUCCGGCUAUUCUCCAUUGGGUUCACCAGCAUCGAGUUCUGUAAGGACCCUGGUGCUCAAGGAUCCAGUGCUUAAUUUGAUUGCGCAAAAACUAGGUAAGACUCCAGCCCAGGUAGCCCUUCGCUGGGGCCUGCAGGCAGGCCACAGUGUGCUGCCGAAGAGCACUAAUGAGGUGAGGCUCAAAGAAAAUUUGGACAUUCUCAAUUGGUCGAUUCCCAAUGACCUUCUCACCAAGUUCGCUGAAAUCCCUCAGGAGAGGCCCAUCAAAGGCACGGGUUUCGUGCAUGAGACGCUGGGCUACUACAAGUCCUUGGAAGAGUUAUGGGAUGGCGAGCUCUGAAAGGAAUUUAUUGGAGAAGAUACUUUGUCUGUUCCCAUCUGCCUCAUUAAUGCAGUCUAAUAUCGUCUUCGGUGCAGAAUGAGUAUUGAUAAUGCAUCUACUACAUCUAUUUGUAUCUGGCCCUGAACUAAUGCGAGGCAUUAGUAUUUGCAUCUGGCGCUCAACUUAUUUCUUUUCAAGAUAUUGCUCAAGCAUAUA